UUAUAUCCAUCUUCUUCACCUGGAAAAACCCUACUGAACGGCCGCUCGCUCUUUUGUUUCCUCUCCGCCGCACGUCAAAGGGUUAAGGAGUGCUUGAGUUGGAGUUUUAUUUCUGAAGCAAUGUCUCCAGCUAAAGUUGACAGUACAAAAAAUGCCGGUCCCAAGGCACAAGCUGUGAAGGCUGCCAAGACUCUGAAAUCGGGACCAACAUUUAAGAAAAAAGCUAAGAAGAUCAGGACCAAGGUCACAUUUCACAGGCCAAGGACACUGAAGAAGGAUAGGAACCCUAAAUAUCCACGUAUUAGUGCAGCACCCAGGAAUAAGUUGGACCAGUAUCAAAUUCUCAAGUAUCCUCUGACUACUGAGUCUGCAAUGAAGAAGAUUGAGGACAACAACACCUUGGUUUUUAUCGUUGAUAUCCGUGCUGACAAAAAGAAAAUAAAAGAUGCCGUGAAGAAGAUGUAUGAUAUCCAGUCAAAGAAAGUGAAUACUUUGAUCAGGCCUGAUGGAACCAAGAAGGCAUAUGUUCGUCUGACUCCUGAUUAUGAUGCCUUGGAUGUGGCCAACAAGAUUGGUAUCAUCUAAAGAUAAUUGUUUUCGACGCAAGUAAUAUCUUCAGCACAAUGAAUUUUGUUAGGAUUAUGGAUUAUGAGAUGACUUUAUAUCUUUCUUUCUUCUCUCUUUUGGGAGAAUGUGUACCUUUUCUAGUUAAUUUAAGUGGGAUGCAAAGGAACAUCUACUGCAUUGAGAUAUCGUACUAUCUUUUUUGUUGUCAUUCACUUGGUAAUUCAGCUUCAAAUUUUAUGUUUAA